AUGACGCCAGUGUCAGACAGGCUUGUGGAACCAGAUUCUUCCCAGGCCAGUUCGAAUUCAGAGGGCGCACAAUUUUCUUCAGAACUCAAAUUUGUGGGCCCAGCGGUUGGACUCCAAACCCCUCUGGAUCGUACCAGUCCUGAUCGGUUCAGAGGCACCCGAUCUGCCAAGGCGUUUGGAGCAUCGUCACCUCUAGUUCGAUACAUCGCACAGUUCUAUGAGAAUGCUGUAGCAGUUUUCCCCAGUUCCGAGGUUCACUACCACAGACGUGUAAGACAAGUAGAUCCAUCCUCCCCAUUAUUAUUCAUCAUAGCGAUGGAUGAGGUUCUUGGAUUGUCGAUGCCGCAACUGGGAUACCAGUUCCAUGACACCCUAGUAGGUAGUUUUGUCUUCGCUGACGACUGGGUCGUGUGUGCAGGAAGUCAGACUCGCCUUAAAGAGAAGUUUGAAGCUGCUGCGGUCGAGUUGGGAAGAGCCGGUAUGAAGAAUAUAAGCCCAAUCGGAUGCAGCUCUACCGGAGAGUUCAGUUCCAAUGUAACGCAAAAUACCCCCCGAUCCCCUAAUUCUCAUUCUGCUGACGAUGUCACGACAUCCCUUGCCAGUGACCUUUCUAAGGAACUGCUCAAGAUUGUCGCCACCCUGAUUGCACUCAAAUUACCGGGUGCCAGAUCGCCUCGGUGUGAGCCUCUGUCACCCGGCUCAUCAAUUCAAAUGAUCACUAGCCCGACAACUGUGGAAAAGAAAAUUCUGGCUCCUGAUUUCGAGAAUGCAACUAAAUCAACGGUGAGUGCCCGCAACAUCGCUCCAAGAUUUCCAACGUUACCACCAACCAAUUCAAAUGGACCAUGGAUUCGCCUGGUUACGCAAGGACAAGGGACGCUGGUUCACCUCGGGCAACUGGUUGGCAUACUCGAUGAUCAUUCGGCAUUUCUGUUGCAGCGUGUUGUCAGUUUCAACCCAAAACGCGUGCAGUUGCAUAUCCUGGCCAGCUUGAAACCAGCAGAUAUCAUGGUGCUGACCCAACCUAAAACGCAGCAAGCUGGGUCUAGAUUUCGGGGUCUGAAUCUAAUGUCGCAGAGGAUCACCACAGAAGACAGUCUCGUGUCGGAACAGAGGUACGAGCUACCCACGAGCUCGCGGGAGCGGGAUUCUACCGAUCCUAGCCCAACAAUACGACACGGGCCGGUACUAACCACCUCCGGUUUGGUUUUGAUCCGCGCUGACCAAGUUCGGGAACUCGGAAUCAUCCCAGAACAGGGUAUGGCAGAAAACGAUAUUCCACCAUGGUUGUUCCAGUCUGAAUGGUCGGGAGAAGGUUCUUCGACCCAGGCGCAUCGCGGCACAUCAGAAACUCAGGAACGCAAUCGAUCGGAUGACGGCGAUGUGCCCAAAAAUGGAAACCCCUCAAAGGUUGUUGAACUCUUGUGUACUAAUCCUCAAACCGAUGAUGCCAACUCUCCUGUUGUGGAAGAUCGGAAUCUCAGUACUCCAGCAAAAAAGCCUUCCCAGAAUUCCAAAACCUGCUCGACUGAUAUACUCAGUUCUUCUCCCAAAGAUGUCCGAAAGGAAGAUGGUUGCUCAUCGCACGCGAAUGUUUCAGAACAAAAAGAAGAAGGGGAUCAUAAGAAAUCUAACGCUGCCGGCCCAUCUACCAGCGGUACUCAGAACGCUAAGGAAGGAAAUCCAGGGCAGAAAAGAGGAAAAUACAAUCGCUAUCCCAACAACAGAGGCCGUACUCGCUCUAAACGAUCAGUUUCACGUUCAAAAGCUAAAUUCCGAAAACAGGCCACGCCGCCGCUACUCGGUGGAACUAUAAGCUACCCACAGGCCUGGGCUCCCAUACCCGUCAACUAUGAUCAGGCCAUCGCUUCGGUUAAGUACCCUACUUUCGCGGUGGUGAAUCGACGUGGUCAAGCCAAGCGUCAGGCGUUUGCUUUCGGCGUCCAAAGGAGAAUCCGAUCACGACCAGUACCCAAGACCACUUCACGUUCACGUCCCGUAUAAUCCGUUCAUUGAUCCGUUUACCUAGACAGAGGUUUAUCUCUAUGCUUGAGUAUACUGUUGUCAGUUGAAUUGUGCUUACUUGCAGAUCAGCUAUUCAGAUCUAUUAAAACCCUUUAUCUGUUAUAGUUUAAUUCUCGCCUUCUCUAUCUCAUCGUUCAGCAGAUAUCCAUUGCCCAAUUGUGCUUUACAUGUCAGUAUUUUGAGACGUGAUGUAAUAAAAGGAUUUUUC